UCAAGAGUCAGAUGCUUAACCAACUGAGCCACUCAGGCACCCCCAAAGCCGUGCUCUUAAGCCCUUUCUACGUGAUACCACCUCUCUAGUGUCACUCCUUUUCUGACCUACAAUGGUAUGGACUUAAUCCCACUCAGUUGGGUUAUUUCAUAUGCUUGUAGUGUUAAGUUUUUAUUGAUUAUAUGAAGUAUUUCCCCAACUCCAUUGAUAGUUACUUGAAGCAAGGGAUGAUAUCUUGUACUUCUCCAUUUCUCUUAUGGGGCAUAUGGUAUAGUGAGGUAUACUCAGUGAUUAAACACUUGUCCAUUCAUUGUGGGGAAAGAAAAAAACGUAGUGAUUGAGUUCAGAGAAUAAGGAAAAGAAAUUUAAAUAUACUGAAUAGAAGCCAUAUUUCAUUAUUUUAUUCAAACCUGUUUUGCAUCAACUCUAUUUUACUGCUUUGUGGAAGGUACUAUCUUUGGUAGAGGCAGUGUCUUUGCUUCUGAAAUUAGUAAAAUUGAAGUGAUGCACCCAAUUCUGCACACCAUCUGAACAAUGGAACAUAGAUUUCCUACACAUUCCCUUUCCAAGUUUUAUUCCAUUCCUGCCUCACAUAAUUGGCUGAUUCCAAGCCAGAUCCACAGUUAAAUCUGGUUCCAAAAGGCAGGGUUUUUUCCACCAUUUUUCUUGAGUGUGUGUUUUGAGAAAUUUAAGGUCAUUAAGUAGAUCUAAAAGAGAGGAGAUUGCCAAGUUUCAAAAGGGCAAGAACAGUCUUUGGCCUCACACCAGUGAAUGAUAUACCGUUUCGUGGAGUGGGAGGAGGGAAGGUGGUGUCCAAUGGACGAAAAAACUGGACCCAGAACAGAUAUAAAAACAGAGGAGCCAGGGACUGGAGCCACCAUCAGGGAGAGACUCGCUCCCAGUGACUGUAGGGAAGACCGUGCUAUUUCCUGCCAAGAUGAAGCUGCUGUUGCUGUGUCUAGGGCUGACUCUAGUCUGUGCCCAUGAGGAAGAAAAUGUUGUGAGAAGCAACAUCGAUAUUUCAAAGAUUUCAGGAGAGUGGUAUUCCAUUCUCUUGGCCUCAGAUGUUAAGGAAAAGAUAGAAGAAAAUGGUAGCAUGAGGGUUUUUGUCGAACACAUCAAAGCCCUGGACAACUCUUCUCUGGCCUUUGUAUUGCAUACAAAAGAGAAUGGAAAGUGUACUGAAAUAUUUCUGGUUGCUGACAAAACAAAGGAUGGUGUAUAUAGUGUUAUGUAUGAUGGAUACAAUGUAUUUAGCAUAGUUGAAACGGUCUAUGAUGAGUAUAUCCUGUUACAUCUUCUGAAUUUUGACAAGAGACCAUUCCAACUGGUAGAGUUCUAUGCCCGAGAACCAGAUGUGAGUCAAAAACUCAAGGAAAAGUUUGUGAAAUACUGCCAAGAACAUGGGAUUGUUAAAGAAAACAUACUUGACCUGACUGAAGUUGAUCGCUGUUUACAGGCCCGAGGAAGUGAAGCGGCCCAGGACUCCAGUGUUGAGUGAAUGCUUCCUUACCUGAGCUCCAGGAUCUUCCCUUCUGUGGUCCCCACACCAUCUAGUGACAAGUGCUGUGACCUGAUUUCCAUCAUAAUCACAUAGGAAAGCAUUAUCUCUGCAUCUUCAGAAUCUUCCUUAAUUGUCUAGGAAAACAUCAACCAACCAAGAUUUCAAGAUUUUCUCCAAAUUUUCCAGCUGUCUUUCCCAUACCCAGGAGAACUCUGUCAUGAAUAAGAACUUCCUAUACCUGGUCAAUAAAUGAUUAGCCUUG